AUGCCUCUCCAUACCUCCGCCAUUCAGCCUGGCGAAUCAGAGUUCCUCACCUUCCCAUCCCGUCGCUCGGUCGUCCACAGCACAAAGGGCAUAGUCGCCAGCACCCAACCACUGGCCUCACAAUGCGGCCUCGAGAUACUACGAAAAGGCGGCAAUUGUGCUGAUGCUGCCGUAGCCGUGGCUGCAGGCCUCAACAUGACUGAGCCCGGAUCCACAGGCAUUGGCGGCGACAUGUUCUGCUUGUUCUACGAUGCUAAGACAAAGAAAGUGCAUAGUCUGAACGGCAGUGGCAGAGGAGGAAAGGAAUGGACUUUGGAGGGUGUUAGGAAGGAUCUGGGACUCAAAGAUGGAGAGUAUGGGCAGAUUCCUAUGGAUAGUGUACAUGCUGUAACCGUGCCUGGUGCCGCAGCAGGCUGGGUAGAUACGGUUGAGAAGUUCGGAAGUGGUAAGGUCAGUAUGGAGGAGAUUCUGGAGCCCGCAGCGAGGCUGGGUGAGGAGGGUUUUCCUGUCAGUGAGCUCAUGGCUACUUGGUGGGGCAAGUCAGAAGCUCUGAUUCGAAGAGCGUCUCCAAAUGGUGCUGAGAUGCUAAAGAAGGACCCGAAAGGCAAAGAUGGCUGUCGUGCGCCAAAAGUGGGUGAGAUCAUGAAGAAUCCAACUCUAGCCAACACUUUUCGACUGGUUGGCAAACAGAAAAAAGCAGGGUUCUACUCUGGCAAAGUCGCGGAAGCGCUCGUGAAGGUCGUACAAGAUCUGGGAGGUCAUCUCACGUUAGAAGAUCUCAAAAACCAUGCAGAGAUCGGUACAGAAGAGACCGAAGCCAUCAGUCUGAAGUUCAAAAGCCAAGAUCUUGCCAAGCGUCACGGCGAGCACAUGCACGACAGCAGCUCACAAGGGGUGGAAGUCUGGGAGCAUCCCCCGAACGGUCAAGGUAUUGUUGCAUUGAUGGCCCUAGGCAUUAUUGAACAGCUGGAGCAGAACGGCAAGAUCCCCAAAUUCACUCGCAAAGACCACAAUAGCGCCGCCUACCUACAUGUGAUAGUCGAAGCCCUCCGGAUUUCCUUCGCAGACGCGAAUUGGUGGGUAGCAGAUCCUAACGUCUCGAGCGUUCCCACAAAAGACCUCAUCAGCCCGGAAUACCUUGCUGAGCGAGCAAAAAUCUUUGACCCAAAGAAGGCCUCGGAGACAUCUUCGCACGGCAGUCCCGCCCACAAUCACAGCGAUACCGUCUACUUCGCUGCGACAGACAGUGCAGGCAACGGCAUCUCCUUCAUCAACAGCAAUUACGGCGGUUUCGGAACUUGCAUCAUUCCCAGAGGAUGCGGAUUCACUCUCCAAAAUCGCGGAGCAAACUUCGUGCUGCAGCCGCCAGAUCAUCCAAACAUCCUUGCUGCUGGGAAGAGACCGUACCAUACGAUUAUCCCGGCUCUGGUGACGAACGUCAGUGAUCAGAGUUUGCACUCGGUAUACGGAGUCAUGGGCGGAUUCAUGCAACCACAGGGACAUGUACAGGUCCUACUUAACCAAGCCGUGUUCGGUCUCACCCCCCAAGCAGCGCUCGAUGCGCCACGUGUUUGUAUUGGAGCUGGCAUGCCGGAUGCUGGAGACGUCUUUGACAAGACUGUCUAUCUCGAGGAAGGCAUUAGUGAUGAGGCGGUGGAGGGUAUGCGCAAGCUGGGACACAAAGUGGAGGUUGUCAAAGGUGAGGCAAGGGGUUUGUUCGGACGAGGCCAGAUUAUUAGAUGGCAUGUUGAUCCUGUGGAAAGCACGGGAGUGUGGAGCGCGGGCAGCGAUCCUCGAGCUGAUGGCGCUGCUGUACCGCAGUAA